CGACCUUGGAGGAAAGAAAGCGCUGGACUGCACGCGACCACGACCAGAAGACUGCGAGCCGCCCCGGACACUCCUCCCAACUCGCCCAUACCCCCCCAGAUAUCCACCCAUGAAGAGGUUACGGCUCGACCGAUGGACCGGCCAGUUGCUCGUCGCUCGGCCGGGAGCAUCUUCGGCUUCGACUCCCCGGGCCGCUCUGCGGUCACCGGCGAUGUGUAGAUGCAUGACCGUGCGGAACCAGUCAACGGCCGCCUCGCCACAAAUACCACAAGAGGACGAUUAUUACGACGGGACAGAUCACAGCCGCUUCCCGCCCCUCGAGCAACUCCCUCCCCGAGCGACAAGCCUACCGUCCCCGCCGCCCGAACGGGCACUGCAGUCCGCCAAACUGGCUGCCCUGCACGCCCGUCUAUCCCUCCCAGAAAAGGUGCCCCUCCAAACACUCGGCCGGGCGCUGGUCGACGCCUCCGCCGACGACAACCCGCAGUACAACAACACAAACCUCGCCUUUGUCGGCCACACCCUCAUCAACUACCAUGUCGGCGAGUGGCUCAUGUGCCGGUACCCGCGCCUGCCCAUGGAAGUCCUGUACGCCGCCAUGAAGGGCUACGCCGGCCCAACCGCUCUGCAUCACGUAGCACGAUCGUGGGGUGUCGAGCAUGCGGCCGCGCCGGGCGGCGAGGUCGACCCGGGCCUGCUGCAGUUCUCCAUGCAUAAGCCGGGCGAGGCGGUCACAGUGUUCGGGUACAAGCGGGCCGAGUACGACGGCCUGCGGAAGCACCAGUGGCGGCACGGCAUCAGCAGCCGCGUGGUGUUCGACGACGACUUCGGCGAGAUCGUGCAGUCCGAGGAGGAGAAGGACCAGAUGCGGGCGCGCGCCGACACCGAGUACGGCAACGAGUACACGCGCACGCUAGCCGAGGCGGCCUACGCCACGUGCGCGCGCGCCGUCGUCGGCGCCAUAUACGCCCACACGGGCCGCGAGGCCGCCAAGGCCUUCAUCAAGGCGCACAUUCUGUCGCGCACGCUGGACCUGUCCCGGCUCUUCUUCUUCAAGAAGCCGACGCGGGAGCUGUCGCUGCUCUGCGCGCGCGAGGACUUUGAGCCGCCCGUGGCGCGCCUGCUGUCGGAGACGGGCCGGAUGUCGCGCACGCCCGUGUUUGUCGUCGGCAUCUUCUCGGGCAAGGACAAGCUCGGCGAGGCGGCGGCAGCGAGUCUCGAGCACGCACGCGCCAAGGCCGCCAUGAACGCCCUCAAGAGCUGGUAUCUGUACAGUCCCGGCGAGCACGUCCGCGUGCCGAGCGACAUGUUGUCCGAGGAUGCCCAGCCGUGGGACCCUGCGUAUAUCGAUAUUGGUGAGAUUAUCGGGCGGUAAAGUAGGCCGGCAUUGCGGGGCAUAUUGAUUGUUCGAUUGCUUGGCUCCACGCGAGGCUCAAGGAGCGGCCGGGAGAGGUAAUCGAGAGCUGAGAGUCGUGGACGCCAUACAUAUCUGGCGCCACUUGAGGAAGGACGGAACCAUUCCACUUGCGUGAUACUCGACAUACGAAGCGAGAUAUGUACUGUACAUUUUUAGCACAUGGCAGCAUCAAUCGCCCACGGCAAGCGAGGCGCGGGUCCCUGGCCGGUGGUCAUUGGGAAGAGAUGGGCCGAGCGGGCAGGGGGUUAACUCGGUCGUGUGCGUGUAGUGUAUGUAUAUUAUUUACCGGGUAUUUUGCCAGGGCCAAGGCUGCAUGUAGGGAAACAAAAUCUACAACGUUGAAUAGGUA